AUGCCAGCUGCAACUGAAGAACAAGCAACCAAGGACGUCCCACAAACCGAAGAGAAGACCAAGAAGUCCAAGAAGAAGAAUAUGGGUACCCGAGCUCCACCAAAGGGACCAAAGAGCAAGCCACAAUCAAGAUCCACCAAAGCUGGUCUUCAAUUCCCAGUCGGUCGUCUUGCCAGAUAUUUGAAGGAAGGACGAUAUGCCGAAAGAAUUGGUGCUGGUGCACCAGUCUAUAUGGCUGCAGUUUUGGAAUAUUUGGCUGCAGAAAUUCUCGAACUUGCUGGUAACGCUGCUCGUGAUAACAAGAAGGGAAGAAUUGUCCCAAGACACAUUCAAUUGGCUAUCAGAAAUGACGAAGAAUUGAACAAGCUCUUGUCCGAAGUCAUCAUUGCUUCCGGAGGUGUCCUGCCAAACAUUCACAGCGUUUUGUUGCCUGGUACAACCACAAAGGGUACCAAAGCAACAAAGGGUAGCAAGAAGGCCACCGAAGAAGGAUCAUCCAGUGCUAGCAUGUCACAAGAAUUUUAA